AUGGCCGAAUUUGCGACAAGCCUCUGCUCGCGAGAGCCAGUGGACAACAGCGAGCAGAAUGGUGCUCUUGUCAAGACCUUAUCGCCAAAGGAUGAGGUAGUGAACGGAUAUGCUGCUGAAGCGGCGCUUGCGAGUAAGAAGAAUAAGAAGAAGUUAAAGAAGAAGAAGGAGAGGCUAUUGGCAUUACAGUCGCCUUACUUUAAUGGCCAAGAGGCUAUAUUUGCAGAAGAGUCCUUGGUGGUGGAGCCAGUCACAGCGGCAGAAGAUCAGGAACCGUUGAUCGCAGUGCCCGAAGACAUCCCAGAAGCCGUACUGCCCGACGGUGACCCAGAUCCAGUGGCCGAGACCGCUCAUGAGCCAUCAGCUGAGUCUCCUCCUUCAGGGCAUGUCAAUGGUGCUACGGAGACGGAUAUAUCACCGCAGGCGCUUGAGCCAAAGGAGCUCAUAUACCUCCCAUUCAGUGCCCAGCAUAAGCUCAUGGUGCAUUUGCAGGAGCGACUUGAGACCAUGUGCUUUUCCUUUGCCCAGCGCGUCCUCCCGCAUGCUCUGGAAAGUCGCGGUUGGGAUUGUCCAGAAAUGGUCCAGUUGCAUAUCUGGAUGAAAGACCCUAUUUUCCAGCACUACGUGGAGAAGAAUGUGCCUGACAUGGAGCGCCGCCAUCAAAUGACCAGUUUUGUUAUCGAAAUCCGGCGAUGCGCUGUUGAUCGCAAGCAGAUUGAUACGACUGUGUUGGAGGCUCUCAUCUCGUCCGCUCUGGAACUAGCCAAACUUCUCGAAGAGGAACGUUCAGUCAAUGACCUUGAACAAUUACGAGACAGUGUCACCCAAACCACUCAUCGUCUUGCGGAGGAAACUAAGGUAAUUCAAGACAGAUACGAGACAAAGCUGCAGGAAAUCACUGCUGGUCGGGCAAGGUUAGAUGUCAUGGAAGAGAAGGCCAAGGCCUUGCUUUCCAGGAGGCUGGAGAAAAGUCGUUCUACGGCCAAUGGCAGAAUCAUCAUGCUUAUACGCGAGGCGGAAUGCUCAGCCCCAAAGGUAGCUCUGCCUGGGGGUUCAACAACGAGAUCUUGUCUUGAUUGGAUGAAUGAUCUUGAGAGUAGCUUGGCUCUUGGUGAGGAUGAUCAUGAGGACUUUGUCGGGUAG